UAUAAUGUGUGAAUAAUGUAUAAGCAAACAUUUAUGCACCCAUUUCCCACCAUAUGGCAAUUUCGUCCGGCAUGUGCUUAUAUAGCCGGCCCUGUCCUCGUCGGGACACUGUGCCAGCUUAAACAGCGUCAGAUACACAGUCAGCGUUUAGAGAGGUUUUCCCUCCUUCAGGAACUUCACUUCACGUCCAUCAUGCGAGUGUCAGUCUUCAGCAUGAUCCUCGUGGUGGUGGUGGCUGCGUCCUUCGCACCGCAGUGCCAAGCGAGUGGCUGGGAGGCAUUGGUGCCAGCCAUUGCGAACAAACUCACAAGCUUGUGGGAGAGUGGAGAGUUCGAGCUGUUAGGACACUACUGCAGCUUCAACGUGACACCGAAAUUCAAGCGUUGGCAACUAUACUUCAGGGGUCGCAUGUGGUGCCCAGGGUGGACAACCAUCAGAGGCCAAGCUGAGACCCGUAGCAGAUCGGGUGUGGUAGGUAGAACUACGCAGGACUUCGUCAGGAAAGCUUUCAGGGCGGGUAUCAUCACCGAAUCAGAGGCUCAAACUUGGCUGAAUAAUUAAGGCGACGAAGCACGUCACACAUAUAUAAUGUAAAUAUUAUUAGGAUCUCGUUAAAUCCUUCUUCCGCGAAGAAUGAUAACCAUCAAAUAAACAUCAAGUAAAAUCGUGAAA